AAGUUUCACUUCCAUGGCUCUCUCUGGCUUUGAAGGUUUUGAAAAGCGUCUCGAGCUCCACUUCUUCGGGGACGACCCUAAAAAUGUAGGGCUCGGCCUCAGACUCCUCGACUUCGAGAUCCUAGACGAGCAAAUCCUUCAGGCUGUGCAGUGCACCGUGGUCUCCGCCGUAGCCAAUCACUACUUCGACGCCUACGUGUUGUCGGAGUCAAGUCUCUUUGUUUACCCUACCAAGAUCAUCAUCAAGACAUGUGGCACCACCGAGCUUCUCAAGUCAGUGGCGCCGCUGCUCCGCCACGCGUCGCUUCUCGGCCUCACUCUCACCUCCUGUCGCUACAGUCGCGGCAACUUUAUCUUCCCCGCCGCACAGCCUUUUCCCCACGACACCUUCCAAAACGAGGUCGUUUACUUGGAAGACUCCCUCCCUGACUCCCUCUGCUACCGCAAGGCCUCCGUCAUGCCCUCCAAGACACCUUCACACUCGUGGCAUGUGUUUUCUGCUUCAACUGAAGCGACGUCGUAUCCGCUCAACGGCGACGUAAUGUACACCAUUGAGAUAUGCAUGACGGAGCUGGACCGUGACCUGGCGCGGAGCUUUUUUCAACAUCCGGGGGAUGGAAAGAACGGUGACACCGCCGGAAAAGAGAUGACGGAGAUAACCGGAAUCGGAGAAAUCAUUCCCGGUGCUUUGAUCUGCGACUUUGCUUUCGACCCUUGUGGAUACUCCAUGAAUGGUAUCGACGGCGAUCGGCACUCCACCAUUCAUGUCACUCCUGAAGACGGGUUUAGUUACGCGAGCUAUGAGUGCGUGGGGUCGGUGUACGACUGCGACGACGUCGUUCGGGUGCUGAAGAGGGUGUUCAAGGUGUUCCGGCCGGCGACCAUGUCGGUAUCCACCACGUGCGUGAGCCACGAUGUGUGGACGCUGGUGGCCGGGGCUCUGGAGCCGCUAGGAAUGAAGUGCCGGAGUUGCGCCGUGGAUGAGUUCCCGGCUGCGGGGAAUGUGGUGUACCAGACGUUCACGGCUCGCCGGAAUAAGUAGGAAUGAUCGAGUUUCUUUGUUGUUAGAAUUAGCUGAAAAAAAAACUU